ACGGUUUGAUAUGUGAGCUUCCCUUUUCAUAACGCACUAUAUUCGGAUUUGCUCGGAAGUACGAACAUCUAAGGACGCAUUUCCCACGGGCGUAUGAUUAUAUAAAAGAUUACUGGAUUGCCAGGAAGUCAAUGUGCGCUCGCUGUUACCGGCGACAUGUAUUAAGCCUGGGCAACCACACAAACAACCGUGUUGAAAGUGCUUAUAAACACCUAAAAGAAUGUCUCAGAAGAGGUGAUUCCCUGCUAUUGACGUUCUGGAAAAUUUGGAGCAAAACAGACAUUGACCUAUGUUUGCGUCCAUAUGACGCUGUAAAGGACCUUCAAAGUUUUCCAGUUCUUCAGGUUCCAAUGUCAUUUCGAACUCUUCUACAUGAGUUCACAUCUUUUGCAGCUAAAAUUGUAGCUAUAAAUCAUAAACGUGUUCGGACAAUGAGACACGAAUUUAUAGAAGGAGAAUACAUCCGGUGCUAUGACAAGGGCAUGAUGUAUGUUGUUGAUACUUCAUGUGCACGAUGUGCUUGUGAGCGUUUCAAUGACUACAUGCUGCCCUGUGGUCAUAUUCUGUAUGCACAUUCUAAAGAUCUGAUUCAUGGAGACUUAUUUCGACAUAGCAACCGGUGGACUAGGAAAUACAUAAUGAACCUGGUUCUUCGUGCGCUGGACAUGUCAAUCUCUACAGGGAGUAAUGAUCUGCUAGAGAGGUUCACUAACAACUACCACUCAAUCCAUGCUCUUAGUGAACCUUUGGCAAGUAAACUCAUCCGUUCAUGCCUCGAAGCAUCGGAAGACAUAUGCGCACAAGUGAUGCGUUCAAUCGGUGCUAGUGAUGAAGCUACAACGUCAGAAUCCAUUGUUAACACAGGCUAUAGCUAUGCUUCUUGAUAACAAGAAGUUCUAAUAUUGUAAUCUUUUUAGUUUUACAUAAAUUCAUUUAUAUGGCCA